CCCAAGACCAAGACCUACAAAGGCCAGCUCGCAGUUCCCGAGCGUAGUAAACGCAACUUAGUUGUGGAACGCAUGUGACGGUGUUAGUAGAAGUGUGUGUCACAGUUAACGAUGGGGCUUUCGACGACUUUCGCGUUUUUGGUUCUGGGGGCGGCGCUGGCGGUGGCGUCAGGUGAGCCUUCGUAUUACUAUGAGUACAGAAGUCCGCACACGAACAGUUACACGUACUCCAACAACCCGUUUCGGCAGUGGUACGACUACUACUCGAAACCGGAGUACAGAUAUAGGAGCUCGAGUUACGAUGAUUAUGGGUACAGGGCGAGGGCUAGGGCCUACAAUGAUGACACGGUUUAUGUUACUGACAUGUAUGGCAACACCAGGGUGUCUUCGGCGAGGAGCUUGCGAGCCAUGGCCUAUGUUUCCUCCUGCGAGGGCAACACGUGCGGCCAGAACGCCCAGUGCUCUGUGAUCGGGGGACGCCCCGUCUGCUCCUGCUUCCGCGGAUACCUGGGGGAUCCCCUCAGCUUCUGCAAGCGAGCCGAGUGCCUGGACAACUCCGAGUGUCGGAAUCACCUUUCGUGCCGCAGCGGCCGCUGCAUCGACCCCUGCGCCGGCACGUGUGGGGCCAACGCCGUCUGCAACGCCCGCAGCCACCUCCCGGUGUGCUCCUGUCCGGCGGGAUUCACCGGAGAUCCCUUCACCAACUGCCGCCGCUUCGACCCAUCGGAGUUGUGCCACCCCAGCCCUUGCGGCUCCAACACCCUCUGCGAGGUGGUGAACGAAACCCCCACGUGCAAGUGCCUCCCAGGGUACCACGGCUCGCCCAUCUCUGGGUGCCGCCACGAGUGCGACAGCGACUCCGAGUGCGGACCUUCCCUAGCCUGUAUCGAGUUCAAGUGCCAGAACCCAUGCUCCCAAUGUGGAAAAAACGCGGAAUGUGACGUCAGAAACCACCGACCCGUGUGCAAAUGCCCCAAGAACUACUUCGGCAACCCAUUGGUGUCCUGUCAACCCGAGUGCUACGGAGACAGCGACUGCCCCAGCGGAAAACCGGCCUGUUUCUAUGGGAUUUGCAAGAACCCGUGCGAUGGGGUUUGUGGAGUGUCGGCGAACUGCGAGCUGAGGGGGCUCACACCCAUUUGUUCCUGUCCCAGAGACAUGACGGGCGAUCCUUUCAUUAGUUGCAGACCUUUCGAUAAGCGCGACUUGUGUGAGCCGAACCCCUGCGGUGACAAUGCCCGGUGUGAGCCUGGUUAUGAUAGGACGAACAAGGAGCGGCCGGUGUGUACUUGUCAUCCGGGGUACGUGGGUGAUCCGCUCACGGGUUGCCGUCCUGGGGAAUGUACCGAGGAUCCGCAUUGUCCAGAUUCCAAGGCCUGCAUUGACUACAAAUGCCAGAACCCGUGUGUUGGUCAAUGUGGGGUCAACGCCAACUGCAACCCGAGACGCCAUAUUGCUGUGUGUACGUGUGCUGAUGGGUUCAAUGGGGAUGCGCUGACUCAGUGUCAUAGAAUCCAGGGGACGACGUACUAACCUCACUACGUGAAAUGCCUCAUUGACGACAAAGUGUUCAAAAUAUAUACUUUUAACGAAAUAGUCUAAACCGUAAGAUUAAAAUUUUGUUAUUUCAGUAUGAUCUGUAUAUACUACUUGUUAUGAAUAAACGCUACUACUUUUACUAA